AUGCGUAUCGCCGCGACGACGCCGCAGGCUCUCGAGCUUCUGCACAAUAUCGCUGCAACAGCAGUUUCUUGGUCAUCUGGCCGACUCGAUGUAUUUGGGCUAGGAACAAACAAUGCUCUAUACCACAAAUGGUAUCAGAGACAGUGGGGUCCCUCGCAAAAUGACUGGGAACAUCUCGGAGGCACUUUCAGCAGCCAGCCAACUGCGGUCUCUUGGGGAGACAACCGAAUUGACGUCUUUGGCCUAGGUACAGACAACCAAAUGUACCACAAAUAUUGGAACGGAUCAGCCUGGGGUCCCUCCACCACUGGCUAUGAGGCUUUGGGGGGUGUCUUCAGUUCCCGCCCGUCUGCCAUCUCAUGGGCUGAAAAUCGACUUGAUAUCUUUGGACUCGGAGCAAACAAUCAGAUGCUGCAUAAGUGGUGGGAUGGCUCUCGAUGGGGCCCAUCGGUUUCGGGGUGGGAGAAUCUUGGUGGCGUUUUCAGUAGCCCUCCGAGUGCUGUUUCGUGGGGCCCAAAUCGUAUCGAUAUUUUCGGUCUCGGCACUGACAACCAGAUGUUCCACAAAUGGUGGGACGGUUCUCGAUGGGGACCCUCCGUGACUGGCUGGGAAGCUCUCGGCGGAACCUUCAACAGUCAACCAGUCGCUGUGGCCUGGAGUGCCAACCGGCUCGACAUCUUCGGCCUGGGAACAGACAAUGCGUUAUAUCACAAGUGGUGGGAUGGCUCUCGAUGGGGUCCUUCAGCGUCUGGAUGGGAGAAUCUCGGCGGUGUUCUGACCAGCCCUCCGGCAGUUGUGUCUCGGACGGCAGGCACUCUCGACAUUUUCGGAAUUGGCACUGAUAACCAGAUGUACCACAAAUCCUGGAAUGGCCAAAGAUGGAGUGGCUGGGAUGCUCUCGGCGGUACCUUCAACAGUGCACCAGCUGCAGUCUCCUGGAGCAGGGGUCGCCUUGACAUCUUUGGCUUGGGAACGAAUAACGGCAUGUACCAUAAAUGGUGGAAUGGAAGAUGGGGACCAUCGGCAACCGGCUGGGAGUCACUUGGCGGAACGUUCACCUCAACCCUUGACCCAGGGCCAAACUGA